GAAUCCAUCGUCAGUAUGUGUCAGUGCGCGACCGUGAAACAUACGUACCAUCCGUACCUUUGCCUGCCGCUUCGGGGCACUCCGUGUGGAGUGCGGACUGUGUGUGUGUGUGCUAGUUUUUUUUAUUCACUUCUUCCUUACCUCGGUCGGGUCGUGGCAUAGCGGUGGGAUAAAUCAUUAGCUUUAUGGAGGCUUAGAAUGCGUUCGCGAAGAAAGUGAGAAUAUUGGUCGUGUGGGGCGUGCGUGCCCCAGUGUACGUGUGUACAUCAUCAUGUGCAAGGCAAGAAAGGAAAGCACAAAGUCCUAGUCCAAGUGCUCGUGAGUUGUUCCUGCGGGAAGAAGAAGAAGAAGUGUACAAAAAUCGUCUCACUUAUAUCGCAAAAGUUGGUGUAAAGUGUGUGUGCUUGUGUUAGAUGUGCAUGUAAACGAAAACAGAGAAGAAAAUCAAACAAAUCAAUAGUUGAAACGUCAACUAAUCCCCGGGUAAAGCCGCCUCGAGAGAUGCACGAGGAAGCGACCUCAACGGCUAGUUCGUCCUCGCCCAAAACGGCCUCGAACAUUGUGUACGCAAACGGUGUUGGUAUGUUGCUUUCCACCUCACCGACACCCGGUCCGGGCGUGACCUCUUCCUCCACCACGACCUCGUCCACAUCCUCGUCGGCUACGUCAUCGACAUCCGCGGUCAAUCUGUACGAUGUGGUUGUGCAGCAGCAAGACCUGCUGCUCCCGAGCAGUCAUCACAGUGCGACCUUCCACAGUCAUCAGCACCAUCUGCAGCAGCAGCAGCAGCAGCAGCUACACCAUCAGCAACAUUCCCAGCAAGCGUUACAGCACGUAACGUCCAACUUGACGUCAGUGGCUACCAAAAUAAUAACUGUCACCGGGACCGGAAUGGGCGGCACUGGGUUGCAUCAGGCGAUGCAGCAACACCACCAUCUGCAGCAUGACCAUAGCCAUGCUCACCAGUCACAGCACCAUCACAACCAUCUGCAUCAUCAUCAGCAGCAACAGCAGCAGCAGCAGCACCAUCAACAUCAUCAGGUGCAUCACGUACAGACGCAACACCAUCAGCCAAGUUCCUCCACGAACGUGAUCGUGCCUGGCGCGAGUCACGGUUCCACCCUGCUGGUGCAGGCUAGCUCUAGCGGUGUUUCCGACCUUCUGCUCGGUCAAGAUCCUAUAACUACCACCACGUCGACAGUGGCCACGACGGCCACACUGAUCGCACUCACGCCCGACGAUGUGGUAGAGUCCGUGAUCGAUGGUCGCGUUGUAACGGCAACGGAAAAGGACACACUGCUCAGCAGUCUGGCCGGCGCCUCGACCACCUCCUGCACUGCCGACGGUGGCGGUGUGGUGGACGAGGUGGACGAGCAUGUCGUCACGAUGGUUAAUGCCGAUGGGACGCUACUCGGCUGCGUUGAGCCGUUACACCCGUCGACACAUCAGCAUCAACAUCAUCAGCAGCCAAGCUCCUCGUCGUCUAGUAUUACGAUCGUUUCGGAGGAAUCCAUACUACCGCUAGGCGUUGUUGCUCCGGCGUCCUGCGUGCUAGCGGUAACGACACGAUCACCCGCCUCGUCCACAUCUUGCUCCUCCAAUUCGACACCCUCGUCAUCGUCGACAUCUGCAGCAGCAGCAGCAGCAUCGUCUUCGUCGUCCUCGUCCGGCGUAUCUACGGUUCCUCUGUCCUCGUGCUCGAUCGGUAGUACCUCCACUACGGCGACGACGGCCGUUGCGGUUGCGACCGUCGGCAGUAGCGGAGGCCAUACCGGCGCCGGGUCCGGUGCGGCCGGCGUCGUUAUGUCCGCCCUGUCGGUAAAUAACGACGCGGCACACCUCACCGAGGAGAUCGAGAUCAAGAUCCCGGAGGAGGACGGUGCCAGCUUUGAGGAGGAUUCGGACGGCGGCGGCGGCGGCAGUGUCGGUGGAGCCGGCGGUCCCUACCAUCAUGGGGAUGGGAGCGGCGGCGGUGGCGGCGGCGGCGGCAGCAACAGCAACGGCAGCAACGGUGGCCCGGCGGCCGGCGGCCAAACGGCGGCGGGCGGCACAUCCUCGGCAGCGGCGGCAGCGGCGGCAGCCUAUCUGGCGAUACCGGCCUCAGAGCUGUGCCCGGUGUGCGGCGACAAGGUGUCCGGCUACCACUACGGGCUGCUAACGUGCGAAUCGUGCAAGGGCUUCUUCAAGCGCACCGUCCAGAACAAGAAGGUCUACACGUGCGUCGCCGAGCGCCAGUGCCACAUCGACAAGACGCAGCGGAAGCGCUGCCCGUACUGCCGCUUCCAGAAGUGUCUCGAGGUCGGCAUGAAGCUAGAAGCGGUACGAGCCGACAGGAUGCGCGGUGGACGAAACAAAUUCGGACCCAUGUACAAACGGGAUCGGGCGCGAAAGCUGCAGAUCAUGCGCCAGCGGCAGCUCGCCCUCCAAGCGCUGCGGGGCUCGAUCGGUGGCGGUGUCGGCAUCGGGACGCUCGGUUCGGACGGCGUGUCGCCACAGCUGCAGGGCCUAGACUAUCACCAACCGUACUCGAGCAUGCACAUCAAACAGGAAAUUCAGAUACCACAGGUCUCAUCCCUAACGUCAUCGCCGGAUAGUUCACCGAGCCCGAUCGCGAUCGCCCUCGGACAGGUUAACCCACAGACGACGAUAUCGCUCAGUAGCAGCGGUGUCGGUGGCAACGGUGGUGGUGGUGGCGGCGGCGGCGGAGGUGGCGGCGGCGGUGGCGGUGGUGGUGGCGGCGGUAGUAAUGGGUCCGGUGCCGGCACCGGCAGCUCCAACUCUAGCGCGACCAGCAUCCAGAAUCCGCUGUCCGACUCGAAGCUGUGGAUGAGCGCCAACUCGACGACCGCCUCGCCCCACUCGCUCAGCCCGAAGGCGUUCAGCUUCGACUCGAAUCCCACCAGCACGGCCGACUCCGGCAAUCCGGCCGACACCCUAAGGGUAUCGCCGAUGAUCCGCGAGUUCGUCCAGUCGAUCGACGAUCGCGAAUGGCAGACGUCACUGUUUUCGCUGCUCCAGAGCCAGUCCUACAAUCAGUGCGAGGUCGACCUGUUCGAGCUUAUGUGUAAGGUGUUGGACCAAAAUCUGUUCUCCCAGGUCGAUUGGGCGCGGAAUACGAUAUUCUUCAAGGAUUUGAAGGUGGACGAUCAGAUGAAGCUGCUCCAGAACAGCUGGUCGGAUAUGCUGGUGCUCGAUCACAUACACCAGCGCCUGCACAACGGGCUACCGGACGAAACCACCCUGCACAAUGGGCAGAAGUUUGAUCUCUUAGGUUUAGGGCUGCUGGGCGUACCGAGCCUGGCCGAGCACUUUAACGAGCUGCAGAACAAGCUGCAGGAGCUCAAGUUUGACGUCGGAGACUACAUCUGCAUGAAGUUUUUGCUGCUACUAAAUCCCGAUGUCCGGGGGAUCACCAACCGCAAAACGGUCGUCGAGGGCUACGAGAACGUGCAGGCGGCCCUGCUGGACUACACGCUUACCUGCUACCCGUCGGUGCCUGAUAAGUUCAGUAAGUUGCUCAGUAUUAUUCCGGAGAUCCACGGAAUGGCAGCUCGGGGUGAGGAGCAUCUGUACAUCAAACACUGUGCCGGCAGUGCACCGUCCCAGACGCUGCUGAUGGAGAUGCUGCAUGCCAAGCGAAAAUGAAGCUGGCCGGUCGACCCUACUCCACCGCCGACCACAGCAACGGUCCCGCAACAACGCCAGCCGGCCAGCAGCAACCCGGUGCGCAUGAGCACUACGGCCGAGGAAUAAGAACAUCCGUUUAGUCCGUCGUGCCGCCGAUGAUCAAUCAGAGUCAGCUGACCGAUUAGCAGAGCUAGAGAGAGAGAGAGAGAGACCGCUUGUUGUGGCCGGGCCGCCGUGUGUGCCGUGUUCUAUAGUGAGGGGUGUAUUUUGUUUUUGUUUUGUACAUUGCCAACCCACCACUACUAGUUACUUGCUGUUGAGGGACACACUCACACGCGCACACAUACACACAUACACACAGGAUCACAGGCGCGUGUCCAGGAUAGUGGAGAGAUCGCGCGCGGAUUAUUUAACAGUUUCACUACUUUCCCUUCCAUCAACGCCCCCCCCCCCCCUCCCUUUACUUCCCCCCCUCCUUCUUCUCGUGUAUACUUAAGACCGUGUUUUUUUUUGUUUGUUUCGCUCGUUAGAUUUAAGCUGGCAAGAUCAGCGCAUCCUCUAUCCAAUGCCGCCUAAGGGGAGUGCGUGCGUGGAUUUUGUUUUAUUAAUGUGUGUACCGCAUCAUCCUUUUAGGGACGAUUUUCUCGAUUUUUUUUUAUACUUACCCACCCUGCCCUCUCUUUAUACUCCCUCCGUCUUUCCUCCCCCUCCGUCUAUCUCGCGUUACUAUCUCGUGCGUAGUUAGGUUUAACGUUGGCCCCGCUUUAAAGACCGAAGAGCAAAACGACAGCAAAAGCAAAGUUCACGAAUCGCGUCGCGACAGGUAAUUAAUUGUUUGGUUAUUGUUUAAGCUUAUCGUUUAAGUAAUUGUGGUAUUAGGGGUUAGUAGUGUCGUUUUUAUUUUCUCUCUCUCUCUCCCGCGUAGAGCUGUAUGUUGUGUCCGGUGGGGUUGUCUGGCUCGAUUACGAUACAGAACCGUUCUUCAAGUGCGUGCGUGGUUGUGUACGUGUGUGUGUGUGCGUGUGUCCACGAUCGAAUGUAUAUAAAAGAAAGGUGGGGAAAACCAGAUCGGUAAACGAUGCUAGUGGCAGGACGAAAAUUAGGUGAUUAACAAAUUUUACACAAACAAAACACAAAACAAAAUGGUGUGAUCAGAACCACAGGAAGGAAGACAAAGAAUUGUGCAAUGCUAGAGAGUCCUGUUCUUUCUUCUGCAAAGAGGCGAUAACACACACACACAGCGCACACAUACACUUAGAAAACAAGCUGCAAAACCACUUGUCGUUACCAUUUGCAUCUCAGCAAAACAACACGUUAUCAGAAUCAGUUUUAUUCUAUUUAUUUUGCUUUCCUAUCGUUUUGUUUGCUGUUGGGCGCGUGCGCUGGAAGAGGGCAACGCGCGGAUAGGGAGAGAGACCAGCGCAACCGGAAGUGGUCACCAGUAUGUACAGCCAUAAACAGGGAAAUCGUUCAGUUCAAAUUCACCACCACCAAAUCGAAACAGCUCAACAUUGUUCGAAUUAUCAAGUCAAAGAAUCCUCUCACGCACGUGGUUGCCUCUUGCGCGACUAAUGCACUUGGUGCACCAUUGAUGCAUGCACGUGCGCAUCGAUCAGUUAUUUUUUUCUGUUCUCUUACGGACACCGGAUUUACCGUGAUCCUUAAAUAAAUGUACAGUUUGGUUAGGUAAGUUACGCACACACGCACCCAGCAGUGCGCGUGCGCGUUUAAGCCGGUGGGGUGGGAAAUGCUUGUAAAUUUUUUGGUUAAUAUAUUUUAAUGCUAAACUACCACUCUGCUCCCCACUGCAUUACCGUGAGGAAAAAUUGCCGGGAGGACAGGCGCGCACACACAUACACACACACGGAAUGUGUUAAUAGUGAUCUAGGGAGAGCGAGUGUUAAGUGCGAUGUUAAGGGGGAUGUUUUUAGUAGUGAUAGUAAACUAGCGGUAGGAAACUAAAAACGAAGAAGCCGAAGAGAGGGUGAACAAAAAAGAGGGAAAAGCGUGGGGGGGAGAGGGGAGGAAAUACACACAAGCACACACACACACACACAGCAAAAUGGAAACAAAGGAUCUAAAACUAAGUGUUCACUAAAUGUUAAAGCAAAAAUCAUGAUUCAUACAGCAAACAAAAGAAGGUUAAAACACAAGAAGGAAAAAGGUAGAUAAGGAUUGUGAAAAUAGUAAGCAGAGUGCAAGAUCGUUUAGGCUCGUAUAUAAAUGUAUAGAUAUACACAUAGAUAGAUAGGCGGGAGCGAAUAGAUGUGGGGGCCACCAUCAGGUUCUUUGGUUCUCCCUUGUUCAGCCAGCCCACCGGCUCAAAGUGAAAUGGCACUUCGGUUUUAAAGAGAAUUCUUUUCUCGCUUCUUGUUGAGUUUGUGGUUAUAUUUCGCUAGCCUUUUCGGCAAGGCCAACCAGCCAGCCACACAAACGUCCUAACUGUCGAACGCGAGCGCAACCCUUUUUUAGAGCUGGAACCCAUGAUUUGGCAACAACAAAAACAAAAAUGGAAAACGGUUUCAAACCAUACGGACAUACAAUACUGCAACAGAAACUUGUAACAAAAAGCUCCCAUAUACAUACACACUCAUAAAAAAAAACGAAUGAUGGUUUGGAAACAUACUAAGUGAAGUAAAAAAGUAAAAAUCAACAAGUUAUAAACUACAAAUAGCAACAAACAGCAAGCAAACACACAUCAACCUACAAACAAAGAAACAAAAAAAAAGAAACCAAUGUUCUAACUGUUCUAACUAACUAAUGUGCUGUGUCCACACGUAAAUACUGUUACAAAAAAAAAACACAAACAAAAACACAAAACUGCUGAUAUUAAGCGUUUCCUCACCAAAAUCACCAUCUUGAAAAAGCUUCUAACAACAAAAGAAUCACACAAACCAACCCUAUAUAGCGCUAUAUCCAUAUAUAUAUGUAUCUGAAGAUUCGCUAAAAGGAUCGACGAACGACGGCCACAAUGAGAGAGCGAGAGAGAGAGAAAGUGUGUACGGUCCAUAGUUUACAAACCAACAGAAAAUACCCACAAAUGGUGCGCAAAUCGAUGGAUUUAAAUGAAACAAAACCUACACAACAACAAAACAAGAAAAAUCAAACCUGAAUAGUCAGCAAAAGUUACCGAUAGAAGAUACAAAACACCGAUGUAAUUAAAUGCCCACUGUUAAUCGCCUUUGUAAAUGUAAACACAUAAACACACAACGCAGAAAAUACCCAAACCGUACUUCCCGGUAUGCAAUAGCCGGUGCCGAAUUUUAAGAAGAAGAAAAAAACACACACAUCAACGCUUUUGUCGUCGUAUUAGGGCAAACUGCUAGCGCUAUGAGUGUGUUGCAAUUGCAAUAGUAAAAGAGAAAAACACACACACAAACGCACGCAAAAUGGCCGCAUAUGAAUCCGUCUAUUUACAAAGCAGAACAAAAAACACAAAAUAGUAAAACAACUGAAAAUGGUAGCAAAAACAGUAAACAAGCAACAUAGAACAGAUCAAAACAGAAGUGUCAAACACAGCACUCUCAAUCUCUCGAAAGUGAAAAGAUGAAAGUAAGAAAGUAGAUAAAAAUCACAUUACCAGCAAAAAAACGAAUGAUCCAAGAACGAUUGGAACUGGUGCGGAUGCCAAAGCGAAAUUGAAAAGGGGCAAGCAACAAGCAAAACAAAACCUGGCAAACACAGCGGUACAAUGCAAAAAGUUUUUUUUAGCUCGUUUUUGGUUAGGAAGGAGAGUUGUAAAUAGUAGUUUGUACGAUUUUGCUUUUUUCGUUUUCGUUUUUGUGUGUUAAGCAGGGCAUUCUUACAUUCCAUCCUUAUAACAUUGUACUGCUACCGGUGCACAUCACUUAUCAACUUUAGUUUUUUCCCCCUUUUUUGUUUUCUGUUUCUUCUUCUUACGCUACUUCUGCUGCUACUUCUACUGCACUUUACUUACUUUACUUACUUGCUACAUUUUUUUCUGUUUAUAGAAUAUACACUGUUCAUAAUAUAUUAUUUGUCCUAUAGUUAAACUGUUUUUAUUUUCUCUUUUCUGUUUCUGUUUCUGUUUUUCCUCCUUCUCCUCUUACUUUAUCUUUCUUUCUUUGUCGGUUAUAUUUUUCCCUCUGUUUUAUUUUUCUUUAUUCUUGAAUCUCCGCUCACUGCUAUUAGUUGUAGGCAUCAAUUUCCUCUGUCGAAAGCUCUAUUCUUUACUGUUAUUUAUUCUACUCGUACUUGUAACCUUUUUCAAUCUUCUUUCCUCCUUCCUAUUCUGUCCAUCCUUUUGUAUUUUUUCAAUCUUCUUAUUUAUUUUUCUAUACUUUAUAUUUUAUUUAAUCUUCCCUUUUCUUAUCUUAUUUUUGUUACACUUUUUUUUAUUUCACAUUUUUAUCUCCAACAACCUCCAUCAAACUAGCUUUCAAAUGUGUGUGUUGUUCGAUCCCGACAAACCAAACGAAUAUCGAAUGUGUUCCAAUGCAUCAUCUUAUACAAGCAGACUUCAGGCGCGCCUACCCAAUGUUCAAUGUUAAUAGUAUAAUCGUUGCAGUACACAAACUCACUCACUCACCCGUCACUGUGCUCAAGCUUGACUAGCGAAUGGUGGACAGAAUACCCGCUUUAACGUUACCAGAGAGGGGGGGAAGACUCGUUUGACGGUUGGUUGAUACUGUUUAGGAGCGCCUUCGAUCAAUGUUUUAGCUUUGAAGUAGGCCGGGGAAAAAUGAUCCAGCACCGAGAAAAGGGGGCUAGUGUUGCUCCCGCUGCGAGGGGAAAGGGGAUGAACAAAAAAUGGUAGAAAACUAUAUAUUUUUCGAUGUUAACUUUUAUGUCCUAUAUUUAGCUAUCGGAUUGUGGUAGAGUACGAAGGAGAGCAUGGAAAACGACAAACAUACAAACAAAAAAAGCAAACCACUAAACAUACAAUACUAAAUGAAAUGCCUUUUCAAAGUACAAAACGUGUGUUGUAUUGCGGAGCCAAGGGUGCAAAGUACUUUUUCAACCAACAGCGUUCAGCCGAGUCGGGAAUAGUUGGUUAGGAAUGGCUCCAAGAGUGUUGCAGUAGUACAUUAUGCGCUGAACGGUGCUUUUGAAUCUGAUUUGCCUAGGUACAACCCGAAACGUGUGCGUGAAAGUGUAUUUAAUGUAAAAAAAAGAACAUGUUAAACUUUCUCAAACCAUGUAAAUAUGAUUUAGUGUUGUGUGGAGGCAGCGUUAAUAGUGACGAAAAAUACUUUUCUCGCGUUACCUUUAUUAAUUAGAAGAAAAAAACGUCACUAUAAAGGAGGAAGGUUGAAAAAGGAAAAACAAAUACACAAAAAAACACACGCACACACUUAAAAAAAAAGUAGUAAAAACAUAAAACUCGCUCAUAUAAAAUGAAAAAAGGAAAAGUAAAGAAAUAAUGAUCAAAAAAAGAAGAUAAAAGAACGGGAAAAACGCCAAACAACACACAUUUGAAAGCUAGAAAAGCAAAGUAAAGCCAUCCCCCCUUUUUAGAACAACGCUUUGGCAUUCGGGAACAGAUAGAAAAAAAGGAAAAAGUGAAUGGGAAAAAAUGCCUCUUCAAUCUAAGAAAGCUGUGAAAUAAAAAUAAAAGGAAGAUUGGAAUAAGAACGGUAGUAGUAGUAGUGGUAGUGGUAGAAGAAAGGAUGAUGUAGAAGCAACACACACACACACACACGCACCAGGUUGAACGAAAUGCUGUGACAGAUUAUAAGUGAAACGAUUGGUUAACGCUUUGUUGCUAUCUCUUUCUAAUGGCAUGACAUCCUUUGCGCCGAAAAGCAAAAAGGAUACGAUUGUCGAGUAUAAACGAGCGAGAUUUUUUUUUUUUUUAAUAUGGCGGGCGACCUGUAGUUGGCCUUGGAUGGCAUACAGUACAUUGUCGCUUGUUGGAACUUGCCACCGCCAGCGGACCGAUUAAGGUUGCCAGCAGAAUACGUAGCUAGUUGUUAAGUGUAAAACAAAACAUUCCAAAAAUCAGAGUGUGUAGUACACAGUAGAGCGGGACUUUUUUUCUGUUAGAAAAAUCUAAGUGAAAUAAUCAAAAUACACCGAACACCGGAAUCAAUCGUGAUGGGAACAACAUACAGAAAACACAACAACACAAAAAGGAGCAAGAAAAACCGUGGAAAUAUUAUUAGAUUGAAAAUCAUAAUUUGCCACAGUGAUAUAGUAGGUAUAUUGGGGAGGGGAGUAGAUAGUAGGAAUGCUGGUAGACGUUCAGUUGCGUCAGUGUGAAGUAUGAAAAACAAGGCAAAAGGUAACAAAAUCACAGUAUGGUACACUUAAUUCGCUUCCUUUGAUUACUAUUCGCACCACAAGCUUACAGAGAAUGUGUUGGUAAAUUACACACCAAUACAGGCGCCGAUCCGAUCGUUCCUGGAUCAUUCGUUCCGAUUCAUAACAGAGGGAGAGAGUGAGAGAGAGAGAGAGAGAGAGAGAGUGUGUGUGUUUGUGUGCGUGAGUAUGUGUUAAUAUGCCGUGUUUGACGUGUUAGGAUAGGAUGUGAAAUUUAAAAACAAAAACCUAUACAACAAGAAGCAAGGAGAAGCUCUGCACCACUUAACACAAAAUCUGGUUUCCACUCACUAUAAUCACCGAAGAAGACAACAACAACAAAAAAUUAGAAGAAAACAAUGUAAAGCAACUAGUAAAACAAAACUAUAAGCACAGCCUCCAUCGCGAAAUUACAAAACAAACAAUACAACACACACACACUUAACAUCCUUAUUGCAAAACACAAACAAACAAAAAACGUGGAGAAGAAAAAAGGGAAGAAGAAAAAAAAACAUGUGUAAUGUGUGUGCGCGCGAGUGUACUAAACUAAGUGUUAAGAGCGCAACAAAGCCCACUACCAGCAUACAUCACAGAUUAGAAAAGGGAAGGAAAAACAAAAAAGGAAACAAAAACAUAAAGCAACAACAAUGCUUGCUGUAAAAGAUACGAUAUUAAGAGAAGAAAAUAGAGAAGCAAAGAAGA